AUGUUGAACAAGGCCCUCGUUGUGUUGACCGCUCUUGCAGCAGUUGUUCCCGUCAACGCCAUCUGGCCCGUCCCGCAGCAAAUCUCUACCGGAAAGGAUAUUCUCUUCAUCGACAGAUCCAUCAAGGUCACAUACAAUGGCGAACAUGUACGCUGGAUCCCAGGCUUCCCCUCACCUAACUAUGCGCAAGGUCUAACUGAAAAUUUAUUGAACAUCGGGCAGACCACUUACGACGCACUAGCUCGUCGUGGUGCCGAUGACAAGAAAAACUCGCCACUGAACAGCAAACAAGUCGUUCGCGACGGCGUCGCACGUAGUCUGAAGGCUAUUUUCGAAAAUGGCCUCGUGCCAUGGAUGCUGAACCCGGCCGGAUCAAACUUUGAGCCUGCAGUUGGCUCAGGUAAAGGCACGGUUAAAUCAUUGACAAUUACACAAACCGGCAAGGAUAACGCUACUGUGUUCAAGCCGGUUGCUGGCUCUGUGGACGAGUCAUAUUCUCUUCAGCUGAGCUCGAAUGGUGAAGCAACAAUCAAGGCUGCUACUUCCACCGGUGUUCUCCAUGCGCUGGAGUCUUUUACGCAGUUGUUCUUCAAGCACAGCUCUGGCCAUGCCUUUUACACCAAAUUGGCUCCUGUUUCUAUUCAGGAUUCGCCUAGGUUCCCUCACCGUGGUAUGCUUCUUGACGUGGGACGCCACUGGUUUGCCGUCGACGAUAUCAAGAGGACGAUUGAUGCUCUGGCCAUGAAUAAGAUGAACAUUAUGCACCUGCACAUCACGGAGACACAGUCCUGGCCAUUGGAGAUCCCAGCUCUUCCUAAGCUCGCGGAAAAGGGCCGCUACGCUCCAGGCCUGACCUACUCACCAAGGGAUAUCAAGGAUAUACAACAGUAUGCUGCCGCUCGGGGUGUCCAGGUCAUUUUGGAAAUCGACAUGCCUGGUCACGUUGGCAUUGAGAAAGCAUACCCCGGCCUCACCGUCGCGUACAACGAGAAGCCAUACUGGACGUACUGCGCGCAGCCUCCCUGCGGAGCGUUCAAGCUAAACAACACGGAUGUUGAGAAAUUCCUCUCAACUCUAUUCGAUGACCUGCUCCCCCGAUUAAGUCCAUAUACCUCGUACUUCCACACCGGUGGCGACGAGUACAAGGCCGCCAAUUCACUGCUGGAUCCCAACCUCAAGACCGACGACAUGAAGGUCCUGAAGCCCAUGCUCCAGCGAUUCCUCGACCAUGCCCACAAGAAGGUCCGAGAGCAUGGACUCAUUCCCAUGGUCUGGGAAGAAAUGGUCGGUGACUGGGGCGCAACAGUCGGCAAAGACACCGUCAUCCAGUCUUGGUUUGGCAGCGCCUCCGUGAACAAGCUGGCCACUGCUGGACAUAAGGUUAUUGACUCUAGCACUGACUUUUAUUAUCUGGAUUGCGGCCGUGGUGAAUGGAUCGACGCCAAAGACGCCAGUUUAUCAAGCGCAUACCCCUUCAACGACUGGUGCUCGCCCACAAAGAACUGGCGACUCAUCUAUACUCACGAUCCUAUCGAGAACAUGACCGCCGCGGUGGCCAAGAACGUUAUUGGCGGCGAAGUUGCCGUCUGGACGGAGACCAUCGACCCGUGGAGCCUCGACACGAUUGUCUGGCCUCGUGCUGCGGCUGCUGGUGAGGGAUGGUGGUCUGGCCGCAAGGAUAGUAAGGGUAAUUUGCGGUCUGUGUAUACUGCUCGACCUAGAUUGGAAGAGAUGAGGGAACGUAUGUUGGUGAGAGGUGUGCGAGGCGCGCCUAUUUCACAGCUGUUCUGUGAGCAGUCGCCGCUUGGGGAUUGUGAUGGUUAG